AUGAAUCCUGCGCUCUUACUUGACCCUCGACGGGUGCGCAAGACAGAGUCAACCUCAUACGCAUUCCCGCCCGGUGCUCGACUCUUCACUCCAUCGCCCAGUGAAGCAGACAAUCGAAGCACUGCCUUCGACUCGCCUUUCUCACUCAUGAGCUCUUCUGCCUCGCGACCUGAGCUGACAGAUCCAAACCUAGGCGGCACUGGGACAACUCAUGACGACGACGGUGCACAGGGUUCAUCGCUUCCGCGCUUUGACCCGCGUGCACUGCUAAACCCUAGGUCAUCCAGCAAGCGCCCCGCGUCCUCAGGUCAAGAUGCUGAGCGCGGAAAUGUCGUACCUGAUAUGGCUGGCCAAUUUUCCCUUGUUGAGCGAUUGCACAAUGUAGAGGAACGCACUCCAACAACGAAGCGCAUGAAGACCAAGGAGCCGCAAAGACACGCUGAUCAGCGUACGAAUUUCGGUGGUGGAAGUUCCCUUGACCUACAGAACUCCAACAAACAGCUGCCGGCGCCUCCUCAGGGAGCACAGAUUGAUUUGACAAUGAGUGACGACGACGAUAUUAAGAUUAUCAGUUCAAAACCCAAGGAAGACGAUGUCAAGAUGAUUGGUUCUCAGCCCAACGAUGAUAUUUGUAUUGGAAAAGUCAAACAAACAUAUAUUCAGGCACACACGGUACCCUUUCCUGACCCGAAGAAGUAUGGUGGUCACCACAGUGGUCAAGGUCGCAUCAAGGUUUCGCUUCGUAGGAGUGGAGGUCAGAAAUACAACUUCUCUAUCAUGGUGACCGACAGCCUCCAGAAAGAAUUUGGUCGAGUCGACAUGAAGACUGCACAGGGACUUGCGCCUCUGAUCGACGCUGCAAAAGCUAGCGGACUAAAGUGGAUGGCCUGGACUGAGCAACGGCGAAAACAGCCGAACGAAGGACCUCCAGGUAGCCCAUUUUCUGGCCUAAUUGGAAUGACUUUGCAGCUAUACGCGCCACGGAACAAUGCUGUUAGCCUUGGAAAGUCACUGAGGAUAAAAAAUUUGGUGCUGGAAGCGCCAGUCUUCGAGCUUCAGCGACACGACUAUAUCAAUCCUCAGACUGGUGAGACCAUUUUGAGGAAUCAGAUGAACCAGCCAGUCCAAAACGCCAUGUAUCAGUUUGGAUACGGAUCUUCGAGCUAUGUACUACGCAGUGCAGACGAGAUACGCGCUGAUGUAGAAGAUGUGUUCGACACAGUUGUCACUAGUUCUGAAGUGGUACCAACUCGAGAACCUUCGCACCAUAUCAAGACUGAGCUAUAUCCCCAUCAGAAGCAGGCUCUAUACUUCAUGGUAGACAAAGAGCAGGACCACUCUGGUGCCGAGUACGAUGACCGUAAAGAUUCUCUGUGGAAGCCGCACUAUCGGGACAAUGGUCGCAAGUCAUAUAUCCAUGUCAUAACAGGCGAAGAAAAGACCGAGAAGCCUAGGCCAAACUUGGGAGGGAUUCUAGCUGAUGAGAUGGGAUUGGGGAAGACAUUAAGCAUCUUGUCUCUCAUAGCUGAUGACGCAUCUAUUCACGACGCGCGCCUCUUCCAGGAAAAGCGGCCAGCACCAGCUCCUUCGGGCAUGCUGCAGCCUCUGUUCAACAGCCGAGCUACAUUGCUGGUUUGCCCACUUAGUACCAUGACAAAUUGGAAAGAGCAGAUCAAGGAGCAUUUUCCGGAAGGUAAAAGUGCUUUGAGAUGGGCACGCUAUCACGGCACAGAGCGCUACGAAAUGUCUGCGAAAGAUCUUGCCGACUAUGACAUCGUCGUCACCACCUAUCACAUCAUCGCCAAGGACAUUCUUGAUCGGAAGCGACCACUUGCCUAUAUCAACUGGUUCCGGAUAGUGCUAGACGAAGCACAUACGAUUCGAAACCCCACCCAGCAAUCGAAGGCCACAUGCGCUCUAAACGGCCAGCGACGUUGGGCUGUAACCGGUACGCCUGUUCAAAACCGUCUUGAAGACUUGGGCGCAUUGUUCAACUUCAUUCGUCUCAAGCCGUUUGAUUCUAAUGCAGGCUUCAAUCAGUUCAUUCUGAAUCCUUUCAAGAAUGCUGAUCCUGAAGUUGUACCCAAGCUGCAGCUUCUGGUCAGCACCGUCACCAUUCGCCGAACCAAAGAGAUCAUCAAGCAUGCGGUGCCACCGAAGUCAGACCUGAUCGUCAGGCUCCCCUUCUCAAGAGAAGAGCAACAGCUUCAUGAUUGGUUCGAAAGGGACACCCAGCGCAAAGUUGCAGCAGUCACGCAGGGAGACAAAUUGGGAGGCAGCUCCUACGCCAAAAUCUUGACGGCCAUUCUCAAUCUUCGGUUAAUUUGCGCACAUGGUCGUGACCUCCUAAGCGAAGAAGCCUUGAAAACCACAGACGGAAUGACUUAUGACAAUCCUAUGGAAAUAGGAGAAGAGGAGGUUGUCUCAGCCAAGCUUACAUCCCAACAGGCUUACGAGAUGCUUAGCCUGCUUGAAGACACACACAGUGCAGAUUGCAUCUACUGCCCUGGCCGCACAUCCUUACUCGAGGAAGACUCUUCAGACAGCGAAGAUGAUGAUAGUAAAACGCACAAUGUACUCGGAUACAUGACAACGUGCUACCAUGUAGUCUGUCCGAAACACCACAACAAGAUGGAGAAGCAGUGGCGAGACAGCAGGAAUCCAGAUGGCUCAGUGAUAUGUCAUGUCUGCGACGACCACAACAUGCCUUCUAUGUUCACGCUUUUACGUGACGAAUAUGCAAAUUUUUUGGCAGAACGGGACCGUAUUCGAAAAGACCCAAAGUUGUCUAAGAAGAUUGGGAGCUACACAGGUCCCCACACCAAGACGCAGGCCUUGCUGAAUGAUUUGAAAGAAUUUCACGAGUGGAGCGAGAACAAUCCUCACGAGCGGCCUAUCAAGAGUAUCGUCUUCUCUUCCUGGACCACACACCUCGACCUCAUUGAGAUUGCCCUUCAGGCCCACAACCACACCUAUGUCCGCCUCGAUGGCCGCAUGUCCCGAGAUGCCCGCGAUAAAUCUAUGCAGCGUCUCCGCGAAGACCCUUCUGUACGCGUCAUGCUCGUCUCCAUUGGCGCCGGCGGCCUCGGCCUUAACCUAACGACUGCCAACAAGGUCUUCAUGAUGGAACCGCAGUUCAAUCCAGCUGCUGAGGCGCAAGCUGUAGAUCGUGUGCAUCGUCUGGGCCAAGACAGGGAUGUCACGAUCAAGCGUUUCAUCAUGGACAAGAGCUUUGAGGAGAAAAUGUUGGUGAUGCAGAAGAAGAAGAAGGAUCUGGCGGAUCUGACCAUGGCACGGGAGAGAAAGACCAAGGAGCAAGCUACCAAGCAGCGGCUGGAGGAGUUGAGGAGUUUGUUUAGAUGA